UCGGAAAGCUGCAGCGCACGUUUGGAUACGUCUUCAACUUUCUGCAGCGCAUAAGGUCGUCCGCGCCUGCUUCAGCAUAUUAUGGCCGACUUGCCGAAGGAUCGUGUGAAUGCGUCGUACACUUUUGCAGUUACCGGCGUGGAUUUUUGUGGUCCGUUCUUUUACAAGAGUGAGGCCGUUCACUUGGAGCUUGUGCAGGAUUUGUCAACGCCAGCGUUCAUAAGCGCUCUAAAGCGAUUCAUUUUUCCUCGCGGUCGACCCAGGGAAAUUUGGAAGCUGUUCCUGGCAGAAAGGUACCUGAAGGAAGUUCAGGAGUUUUGCGUUGCGGAUCAUAUCGACUGGCAGUUUAUUCCCCCCCGCUCUCACCACUUUGGCGGGCUCUGGGAGGUUCCGCUUCCAGCUCCUUGCUGUGCUUCGAUGACCUGAGAACGCUUGUAUGGAACACACUGCUAUAAUACAUUUAAGGCCAUUACUUCCCGUUUCAGAGCAUCCCGACGACUUAGACGUGCUAACACCUGCGCUUUUCUUAGGUACUGCUCCAAUCCGUACCCUCGAAGAACCAGAUGUGACCGGACUCAAUUUCAAUCUUCUCGAUCGCUGGCAGCAGGUCAAGUCUUGCAGCAGAAUUUCUGUUCCCGCUGGCGAGAGGAGUACCUCACGCUUCUGCAGGAGAGGUCAAAAUUGAGGACUUAGCAGCCUUAGCGUCGGUGACGUGGUCCUCGUAAAGAACGAGAACUUGCUUCCCCUUAAGUGGCCGCUGAGAAGGGUGACGAAGCUGAUCGCCGGCUGAGAUGGCGUUUCCAGGGUAGCUGAGCUCAAAACGGCUACUGGGAGCUCCACGAGGGCUAUCGCAAAGCUGUGUAUUCUGUCAUAGAAGGAUGUCGAAGACCCGUGCUCUUCAACUGGGAGAGAAUGUUCGGCUAAGCGCCGGCCCAUGCCAGCGCAAAGAGAGCAGAGCUAAUCUCGAUUGUGAGCAAAUGCGGAAACCAUUUUGCGGACAGCUUUUUUAUACCCAAGCAAUUAUUCAAACUUUAAACUACUUCGGCUUGUGGUUACCUACGGUAUUCAGAAUGUCUUGCAAUUUCAGCCUACGAUCGGCCAACACCAUAUCGUGAAGUUGUUCAAUUUCUUCGGAAAUAGGACAAUAACAGGGCGCACAGGAUGUGCGACAUCGUUUUUUCUUGUACGGGCACAACGAAAUACAGUAAACCAUAUUUUUACCAUUGAAAUCGAUGGAGAAGAGAUACUAUAGUAUUAAUCAAGCUUUUCCUUGGUUUCAGUGGUGGUUUUUUUUCGCAAAAUCGAGUUCCAUUUUUUCUUCAAAGCACGAAGAAGCUUGCUAUCAAUGGAUGUAGACCACAAACAAACUAGGUCAGCUUCUUCAAAUUUAGACAGGAAUCAGCUAAUAGAUGACUUUAGAUAGAAAGAGUAGUACAGAUUUUGAAUUGUUCCAGGCAGGAUCCAGCUUUCACUUUCACUUGAAAACGCACAAAAUUAUUAUAUUUUUUGUAGCUAAAAGUGCCAUAUAUUUAG